GGGCGCCCCGCGGUCAUGCCUGGGCGGUUCCUGGAGCGGAGCGUGGACUUGGGGGGAAGGAAGAUGGCGGCGGCGCGGAGGUGCAGGGGACCGGCCUUGGGUGGGAAGUUGCCCCUGAGGCUGCUGCUGGUCCUGGGGCUGGGCUUGCUGUGGGCGCCCUCGAGGAGCUGGGCGCACGGGGGCAAGUACUCGAGGGAGAAGAAUGAGCCCGGGGCUCCCCCGAAACGCGAGCCCGGGACCGAGUUCCGGAUGGAGAAGCUGAACCAGCUCUGGGAGAAGGCGAAGCGGCUUCAUUUUUCUCCUGUAAAAAUGUCAGAGCUCAAUGUUGAUCUGAAGAUGCAAGAAAAGGAUGAACUCAACUGGAAAAAAAUGAAGGCUGAAGGAUUAGAUGAUGAUGGAGAAAAAGAAGCAAAACUUAUCCGCAAUUUCAAUGUCAUUUUGGCCAAGUAUGGACUAGAUGGGAAGAAGGAUGCUCAGCUGAUAAAUACCAAUUACGUCAGCGAUGGCACAGAAAAUGACGUGCUGGAUGAUCCAAGACUAGAAAAAUUGUGGAAUAAGGCUAAAACCUCUGGGAAAUUUUCCAGUGAGGAGCUGGAUAAACUGUGGCGGGAAUUUAAGCAUCAUAAAGAAAAAGUCCAUGAAUAUAAUGUCCUUUUAGAGACUGUGAGCAGAACAGAAGAGAGCCACAAAAAUGUCAUCAGCCCAUUGGAGGGGGGCCCCGUCAAAGAGGACGUGCUGCACAGCAAGCACACGGACCUGAGAGACAAACUGCGCAGCAUCAGCCAAGGGUUUGACCGCCUGCGGAAAGUCAGUCAUCAAGGCUACAACGCAGACAGCGAGUUUGAAGAACCAAGAGUAAUCGAUUUGUGGGACAUGGCUAAAACAGCAAACUUUACUCAGAAGGAACUGGAUUCAUUCCGGGAGGAGCUUAAACACUUUGAAGCCAAGAUUGAAAAGCAUCAUCAUUAUCAGAAACAAUUGGAAAUUUCUCAUCAAAAACUAAAGCACAUUGAGGGAACUGGCGAUAAAGAGCACCUGAGCAGGAAUAAAGAGAAAUAUGCCAUGUUAGAAGAGAAGACUAAAGAAUUGGGCUACAAGGUAAAGAAGCACUUGCAAGACUUGUCUACUAGGAUCUCAAGAGGUCUUCAACACAAUGAACUCUAACGGUGUCCUGCAGGUCCUCAACAUUGCAUUCCCUCUGUCUGCAUUGAGCAUCAGUACGUUUAUUCCUAUAGGUUUUCAUCCUCAAAAGAGUUUGUUAAAAUGCUGUGCUUUUAAUAUAGAAAACAUAGAUAAUGGUACCUCUGCAGAGAGGUCAGAGUAUCUUCACUAAGAGAGUCAUUUGCAGUUGCCAUUUUUCUAACCAUCCAGCUAAAACGUGGGAAUGUUUUUUCUACAAGUUCUUUUCAUAUUGCACAUACAGAAAAAUGCAGCUAGAUCAGUUUAUAUCCAUCCACAAGUCUAGAACUCAUUACUAGAAAUUUUAUAUAAAGAAAUCAUUAGAAAAAAAUUUAAGUAUUUAAACUGUCAGAUUAUUCAUGAUUUUGAAGCCAGACCUUUUAAAAAUAAUAAUAAUAACUAUUAUGUACAGCAUUAACUACUGUGAUCCAUCUUAUCACUGUAAUGAAUUAAAUGGAAAGAUACAAAAGA